UGUACCACCAAUUCAAACAACACGGUUACGCUAACUCUCUCGAGAAAAUCCCCAAAUUUCAUGAAAUUAGGGUUUCAAUCAUUAAGCAAAUCAGAAAUCUCGACUCCCUUCACCACGAAUCUCUAGGGUUUUUCUGGAGGAAUAGAUUUCUGGGUUUAAGAAGACCUCUCUUCAACAUCAUCAUCAACAAUUCGAUUGAUGUCUUCGCUAUCACUGACCAUUCCUUUCCUUUUCUUAGCUUUCUGCUUGAUCGGGUUACAAGCCGCCGAUGAUCUUCCAGAUCAAUCCGGCGGCGGCGGCGUAUGCUCCGGGGAUUCUGAUCCGGGUGGAUGCCCAAUUAACUGUUUCCGGGCGGAUCCGGUUUGUGGAGCCGAUGGAGUCACGUACUGGUGCGGUUGUCCUGACGCAGCUUGUCAUGGCGCUCGUGUAAUCAAAACAGGAGCUUGUGAUACAGGUAAUGCUGGAAGUGCUUCUGUUCCAGGACAAGCUUUGUUGUUGAUUCAUAUUGUCUGGCUUUUCUUGCUCGGGCUCUCUCUUCUCGUUGGUGUGUUCUGAUAUCUGAGAGUUUAUGGCGGAAGUAGAGAAGGAAUUGAUUAUUUCCAUUUCGUUCGUAGCGUUUAGUCAUAACUUUACAGAGCACAUGUGCUUUGAGAUAGAUCACACGUCCUGAGUUUGUAUGUGUAAACUUGAGUAUUGUUUUGCUUUGUGUACGUACUAUAUAAAUAUGUAUGUAAUCGAUUCUGUUGCAUUACAUUAUAUGAAGAUUUGAUCAGACAGAUGCUUAAUUCUUUCAACACUA